UCUCCGCGGCGGCAAAUUAUGCGAAAUGAAAAGGAGAUUCCCAUCCAAACAAACAUGUGGCGAAAAUAAGCGCACAGUAGCUAGUUUUCUGACUCUUGUGUGAGGAAAAUUUGUUGAACUUUCCUACUCUAAUUUUAUUUCCCUCCAAAUCCAAAGGCGUGUUUGGUGAAGGCUGUGGCUGUGCGAUGGAGGAAGUCAGCUUGGAGUGUGAUCUCAUUCAUUCCAUUUUGAAGCGCUUUUGGACACUGCGAGCCCUUGAGCGGGAAAAUGUUGAAGCUAACGACGCUCCGGAUUCCGAGGUAGGAGUUGGAACAUCCAAGAAGAAUCGCACAACUUCUGCAAAUGGCAAUGCUCUGAAGCUUACCUGUGAACUUCUCCGGCUUUUUAUCACAGAGGCUGUUCAACGUGCUGCUGCUGUUGCAGAAGCGGAGGGUGCUAAUCAGAUAGAACCAACUCAUCUUGAGAUUAUUCUUCCUCAGUUACUAUUAGAUUUCUAAUGCAUUUAAAUUACUUAUAUGUAACUUCUACUUCCCCGCAUCGUCAAUUUAGUAGAAAGGACAUUUAGAUUUGUUGGUUCGAAGAUAUGUCAUAUACAACUAAUUCUUUCCAGGGACAUUGAAAGGGAUGAAAACUGUCUAUUGAAGUUGUUCCUUCACUAAUUUUAUCUUAACUAUUUUGAAGUUGAA